AUGGAUCUUUCUUCUCCAUUUAGUCGCCAUAGGCUUUGCCAUUUUGUGCUGUCAGUGUUGGAUUUUGGUGAUGGCAGCCAUUAUCGGAAUCUGAGGGAAUUUUCCUUGUUUAUUUUAUAUGUUCAUGAACACNAAAUAACAGACCUUCUGAAUGAAGAUCCUCCUGCCCCUCACUGGCGACAUCUUGCAAAGGAGCUUAAAAUUCCCCAGGAGAAAUGCAAGAUCUUUGAGCCAACAGAUGACAGUAACAGCCCAACUAAACUGUUGUUUAAAAGUAUUGAAAACUGGGAGCCAGACUUGACAUUUGAAGAGCUUGUUUUGGCACUUGUGGCUAUGAAAAGACAUGAUGUAUUAAAUGUCCUCCAGAAAUAUUUUUCAACUGAUGAUGUUGACCAGAUUUUGGAAGAAAAUAAUCUUUUAGCACCAAUGGAGGAUCACCCAGAUGAAAAUGAAAGUUAAAGUACAAGUAGUGAAAUAUUUUCAAUAGAUGCUAAAAUUCUGUUGAUGAGCAAGUAGUGAAAUGCAUUCAGCUGCAUUGCUUUCUGUAUGCAUUGCAUGCCUAUAGUGUCAGUCAUUAUUUUAAAUGGGCUUAGGAAUUCAUGGAGUAAUUAUUUCUCACUUGCAGCUCAUUUCAUUACAGUCACUUUCCUUGCAAAUUGUGUUCUAGUUAUCUCAUUGAGUAUAAUAUUUUUUUCAUCAUGAACUCAUGAAUUCUACUCAUGUAAUCUCUGUGCAUAUAAUCUCUAUGCUCUUUCCCAGAGUAAUUACAAAUAUUUUUGGCUGGUUGGGGUUGUUUGGGGGGACCACCUACUGUAAGAAGAACAAGAGUGUGUUUUUCUUGUGCUUAUUCUUGUGUUUUUUGUACCCUCAAUAGUUUAUAACAAUGGCACAGCUUGUGCUCAUGCUUAAAUAUUUCAAUACAACUUCAAUUAAGAAAUUUAUGUAUUGGUGGAACCAUUUUGGUCUGUUUAGUAUUAACUAUUGUAGGGUGUCAUUUGAAUUUCGACUCAAUUUGGGGUCUUGUAAAAAUAUCACAAAUACAUACAUGUAACUGUAGACCGUAUGUCGCUCACACAUGCAGUGAUACAGUACUAUGCACAUGAUCUUUCCACUUCAAACGUACCUCUAGAAUAUAGAUAGUAUAGACAGAGACCUGCACACCUUAAUGUAUUCGUAGUCUCAGAUUAAACCACUGUUGUGCACAUUUGUAAUCAUGUGGAAGCUAAGUUAUGUGGUCAUGCACGUGCCAUGUUGCCUCGUGUAGGCGUUGAAAUUUAGUUAUUUAAUUUGCUCAAUGAUAUUAAGCUAAUGGACAUGUAAAUAAUAUGUUGGUAGAUGUAAACAUAAGCAGGCUUGUAAUUUAUUGGUGGCCAUUAAUUUUAAAUUCAGCAGACUCUCUGGU